AUGGACCGUCAGAAAGGGGUGGAUACACGGUACACCAAGCUCUCAAUUGCCCCUGAAUACUGCGAAACCCGAACCCAAGCGAGCGAACGAUCGAAGAACGAUGCGACAGCGAGACUGGCUGACAGUCUGGCACAAAGCCGAAGUCACAGAAUGUCGCGAGUGUGCUUGGGUAUGCGUAGGGGCGUGAGAGAGGUGCCGCGGUGCAGCUUGUCGUCAUUUCGCACAAACGGGAGACGGCGGGGGGGGGGGCUUAAAACCAAAUCAACAACUUCAUAUUCUGCCUCGGGAAAUCUGGGAGUCAUCCGACAUCAGUACCAUCGUCACUUGUACAAGGCGCACUCCUGA